AUGGCAACUGUUACUACUCGUUUUAGUAUUGAAUUUUUCGACUUCUUUGAUAAAACAAUGGCUGAGUAUGAACAACAUGCCCGCUCUAAAGUACGACUGGAAGUCGCAAGCUACGAUCAAAUGAAUGGUUUGCUACAUUCAUUAUUAAAUCGACGACAGUAUGAGGAUUGUAAAGUUUUAAUAAAAGAUUCUAUCAGCAAGUUCAACGAACUAUGCGAGUACAGUUUGUAUGUGGCUGGAUUGAUUGAGCGAAUCGAAGGAAAUAUGGAAAACUCGUUAUCAUAUUUUGAGAAAGCUUACAAAAUAUCAAAUAAUGACCCUAGAUAUUUGCGCGAGAUUGGACGAGUUAAUUAUUUAUCAGGUCAACAUAGAUCAGCUAUAGAGAAUUUGGAAAAGGCAGUAAAGUAUGACAAAUUUGAUGGAAUGGCGUACUAUUGGCUGGCUAAGUCUAUAUGCAGACUGGAGACCGAUUUGUUCAAACCAUUGGAAAAAGCUCGAGAUUUGAUAUGCCAAGUUCCCAACCUGCUGGAGUACCCAGAACUAUUAGAGCUAUUAGGGGAUGUACAAACUGAACUUGGAGAAUAUGCAACUGCCUUACAAGCUCAUACUAGAGCUCUCGAGACUGUUCCCGAAGAUGAAAGCAUUAUGUUGAAAAUUGGUUUGUUGAAUAUGAGGUUAGGUCUAGGAGAUCCUGCAUUCUCCGUUUUUGGGAGAGCUCUUACCUAUACGCCAUCUAAUGCGGAUUGUAUUCUGGCUAUUGGUUCAAUCAUGCAAAAUCAUGGUGACCAUGACGUUGCGCUGAGUAAAUACAGAAUCGCGGCUCGAACAUGCGAUUACAAUGGGUUCUUGUGGAAUAAUAUUGGUAUAUGUUUAUUUGCUAAAGGAAAAUUAGCAGCGGCUCACUCCUGCCUCAAAAGAGCAUCUUACCUAAGUCCCCUGAAUUAUCAAAUACUUUUCAACCUUGGGGUUAUCCAUUUAACAAUGGAUCUCAAUGCUUCAGCUCGUUAUUAUCUUAAAGCUGCAGUAGAAUUGAAUAAAGGGAAUAGCUCACUCAUUGGUGCAUACGCUGUUAGUCUGGCCAAUAUUAAAGAUAAUCGGAACGCCAAACGUGCUUACAUACAUGCGUUAGGAAUAGAAAGUCAUCCGAGAACACUGUUAAACUUUGCUAUCUUCUCCUAUCGGAACAAUGAAAAGGAGAUUUCUAUGGAAAUGCUCCAAACUUUGAAAAGUCGUUUGCCUAAACUCAACAGAGAACGUUUUCUUCACAUCAUCUCGAGUUUCGAAGAUUUAUUGAAAAAAUCAUACUGA